AUGGCAGCCAACUCAGACGCGGCCAAGCCGGUCAUCAUGAAUGAGGAGGAGCUGAAGAGAAAGCAGCGGGAGAAGCUGAAGAAGUUGCAAGCCACAGGCGGCAACCCGAGACCUGCCAGAUCCCUCUUCUUCUUCACUCUUAAAAACCCCUUCCGCAAGGCCUGCAUCAACAUAGUGGAGUGGAAAACCUUUGAGAUCAUCAUAUUAUUGACCAUCUUUGCAAACUGUGUAGCACUGGCUGUGUUCCUGCCCAUGCCUGAAGAAGAUAGCAAUAACACCAAUUCCAGUUUGGAGAGUCUCGAGUACAUCUUCUUGGUCAUCUUCACGUUAGAGUGCUUUCUGAAGAUAGUGGCAUAUGGGUUUGUGUUCCAUGAAGGUGCAUAUUUACGGAACUGCUGGAACAUAUUGGAUUUUGUCAUCGUCUUCAUGGGUCUCGUCACCUUUGCCUUGGAUACCAUCAAUACGAUAGCAGGUGUUCCAAUGGAAAAAGGAGGAGGCUUUGACAUGAAGGCGCUGAGGGCCUUCAGGGUCUUGCGUCCCUUACGUCUUGUCUCUGGAGUCCCCAGCCUGCAGGUGGUGAUGAACUCCAUCCUCAAAGCCAUGCUACCUCUUUUGCACAUCGCCCUGCUGGUCUUCUUAUUGGUCACCAUUUACGCCAUCAUGGGAUUGGAGCUCUUCAAGUGCAAAAUGCACAAAACCUGCUACUACACGGAUACAAACAUCUAUUCAACAGCAGAGGGGGAGACGCCCGCACCUUGUGCUCAGGCCGGUAACGGACGCCGCUGCAUGAUCAAUGGCUCCGAGUGUCGACCGGGCUGGGAAGGUCCCAACAAUGGCAUUACCCACUUUGAUAACAUCGGCUUCGCUAUGCUUACGGUCUACCAGUGUAUAACUAUGGAGGGAUGGACUAAAGUUCUCUACUGGAUAAACGAUGCCAUAGGAAAUGAAUGGCCUUGGGUCUAUUUUGUUCCACUCAUUCUUGUGGGCUCCUUCUUUGUGCUCAAUUUGGUUCUGGGCGUGCUCAGUGGAGAGUUUACCAAAGAGCGGGAGAAAGCCAGAUCCCGAGGAGAAUUCCAGAAGUUGCGGGAGCGUCAGCAGCUAGAUGAGGACCUGCACGGCUACAUGGAGUGGAUCACCCACGCCGAGGUCCUGGAUGCUGACAGGGAGGGCAAAGGUCUUCUGCCUUUGACCAGUGGAGAUUCUGACACUGACAGCCUGUACAACCUGGAGGGCAAGAGUCGAGUCAUCUACUACUAUCGCUUGGCUCGUCGUUGGAACCGCUUCUGCAGGAUGAAGUGUCUGGUUUACGUGAAAACCAGAGGUUUUUACUGGCUGGUGAUGUUCCUCGUCCUCCUCAACACGUUGACCAUAGCGACUGAGCACCACCACCAGCCGGCUACGCUCACUACUCUCCAAGAUGUGGCGAGUCGUGUCCUCCUGAUGCUCUUUGUCAUCGAGAUGUUUGUGAAAAUGUACGCUCUGGGUCCCAGGGCGUAUUACAUGUCACUGUUCAACCGUUUUGACUUCUUCGUGGUGCUUUGCGGUAUCCUGGAGAUGAUCAUGUUGUCGGUUGGAGAGGUGACACCCCUGGGUUUCUCUGUACUCAGGUGUAUUCGGCUUCUGAGGAUCCUUAAAGUCACAAAGUAUUGGACGUCUCUAAGUAACCUUGUAGCCUCUCUGCUCAACUCUGUGCGCUCCAUCGCCUCCCUGCUCCUCCUCCUCUUCCUCUUCAUCGUCAUCUUUUCACUGCUGGGCAUGCAGGUUUUUGGGGGCAAAUUCAACUUCCUCGACCACAGACCCAGACGAAGUAACUUUGACAACUUCCCUCAGGCCCUCAUUAGCGUUUUCCAGAUCUUAACAGGGGAGGAAUGGACCGCCAUCAUGAACAAUGGCAUUAUGGCCUACGGCGGACCAGUUUUCCCUGGGAUUCUGGUUGCCAUCUACUUCAUCGUCCUCUUCGUCUGUGGAAACUACAUUCUUCUCAACGUCUUCUUGGCCAUCGCAGUCGACAACCUUGCAGAGGCUGAGAGUCUGACCUCAGCUCAGAAGGAAAAGGCAGAGGAGAAGAUGAGGAGGAAACUGUUACGCUCCAAAAUGCCUGACAAGACAGAUGAGGAGAGGGAGAGAAUCUCGAAGAAACUGGCUGAGCAGAGAGCCAAGAUGGAGGGCAUGCCGACCACAGCCAAGCUCAAAAUUGAUGAGUUUGAGUCCAAUGUCAAUGAAGUGAAAGACCCUUUCCCCCCUGCAGACUUUCCAGGUGACGAUGAGGAGGAGGAGCCUGAAAUCCCCAUCAGCCCUCGGCCGCGACCCAUGGCUGACCUGCAGUUGAAGGAGGAAGCUGUUCCGUUGCCCGAAGCCAGCUCUUUUUUCAUCUUCGGCCCACAAAACAAGUUCCGUAAACUGUGCUACAAGAUCAUCAACGCCUCCUCUUUUACUAAUCUAAUCCUGCUGUUCAUCCUGCUGUCCUCCAUUUCCCUGGCAGCCGAGGACCCCAUUGAUCCCAAUUCUUAUAGAAACCAGAUCUUGGCCUAUGCUGAUAUUGUCUUCACAACUGUGUUCACCAUUGAGAUUGUACUAAAGAUGACAGUUUACGGCGCAUUCAUGCACGAGGGCUCAUUCUGUCGCAACUCCUUCAACAUCCUGGAUCUGAUUGUGGUUGGAGUCUCCCUGCUCUCAAUGGGCAUGGAAUCCAGUGCCAUCUCUGUGGUGAAGAUUCUCAGGGUGCUCAGGGUGCUGAGGCCUCUCAGGGCAAUCAAUCGAGCUAAAGGCUUAAAGCAUGUGGUCCAGUGUGUAUUUGUGGCCAUCAAAACCAUCGGAAACAUAGUCCUGGUCACCAUGCUGCUAAAUUUCAUGUUUGCCUGCAUAGGCGUGCAACUUUUUAAGGGGAAAUUUUAUAGCUGCACAGACCCGUCCAAAAUAACAGAGGAGGAAUGCCAGGGAUUCUUCAUCAAGCACAUAGAGAAUUCUCUACAGGACACAGUGUUGGCCAAACGGGAGUGGCUCAACAAUGACUUCAAUUUUGACAAUGUGCUCUAUGGCAUGCUGGCUCUCUUUACCGUUUCCACAUUUGAGGGCUGGCCAAAACUCUUGUAUAGAGCCAUAGACUCGGACCAAGAAGACAUGGGGCCCGUCUUCAACAACAGGGUGGACGUCUCCAUCUACUUCAUCAUCUACAUCAUCCUCAUUGCCUUCUUCAUGAUGAACAUCUUUGUGGGCUUUGUCAUCGUCACAUUCCAGGAGCAAGGCGAGCAGGAGUACAAGGACUGUGAGCUGGACAAGAACCAGCGCCAGUGUGUGCAGUACGCCUUGAAGGCUCGACCGCUGAGGUGCUACAUCCCAAAAAACCCAUACCAGUACAGAGUUUGGUACAUCGUUACCUCCUGCUACUUUGAGUACCUCAUGUUCUUCCUGAUUAUGCUCAACACUUUGUGUCUGGGGAUGCAGCACUGUAACCAGUCAGACCAUGUGACCAAGCUUUCGGACAUUCUCAACUUGAUCUUCACUGUGCUCUUCACUGUUGAGAUGAUUCUCAAGCUCAUGGCCUUCAAAGCAAAGGGUUACUUUGGAGACCCCUGGAACGUGUUUGAUUUCAUCAUUGUUAUCGGCAGCGUUGUUGAUGUCAUCCUGAGUGAAGUGGACAGCGCCCUAGCUGCCAGUGGAGGACUGUAUUGUCUCCAAGGCUGUGCUGACACAAAUCCCAUGCAAGCAAUCGCAGCUUCAGAAAAUGCCUCCGUUUCCAUCACGUUUUUCCGACUCUUCCGUGUCAUGCGCCUGGUAAAACUGCUGAACCGCUCUGAGGGCAUCCGGAACCUACUGUGGACCUUCAUCAAGUCCUUCCAGGCUCUUCCCCAUGUGGCUCUGCUCAUCGUCAUGCUCUUCUUUAUAUACGCGGUUAUUGGGAUGCAGAUUUUCGGAAAGAUCGCCUUAGUGGACGGCACCGAAAUCAACCGCAACAAUAACUUCCAGACGUUCCCUCAGGCGGUACUUAUGUUAUUCCGAUGUGCUACUGGGGAAGGUUGGGAGGAAGUAAUGAUGGCAUCAAUGUAUGGAAAGAAGUGCGACCCCAAGUCUGACUUCCAGCCGGGAGAGGAGAACACUUGCGGCUCCAACUUUGCCGUCUUCUACUUCCUCAGCUUCUACUGUCUCUGUGCCUUUCUGAUCCUCAACCUGUUUGUUGCUGUCAUCAUGGACAAUUUCGACUACCUGACGCGUGAUUGGUCACUGCUCGGGCCGCACCACCUGGAUGAGUUUAAGAAGAUUUGGGCUGAAUAUGAUCCUGAGGCUACAGGCAGAAUUAAGCAUCUGGACGUCGUGACUCUGCUGAGACGCAUCCAGCCUCCUCUGGGCUUUGGCAAGUUCUGUCCUCAUCGCGCAGCCUGCAAGCGCUUGGUUGGCAUGAACAUGCUACUCAACAGUGAUGGAACUGUCACCUUCAAUGCCACGCUCUUUUCUCUGGUUAGGACAGCACUCAAGAUCAAAACAGAAGGAAACUUUGAGCAGGCCAACGAGGAACUUCGAGCGAUCAUCAAGGCGAUCUGGAAGCGCACAAGCAUGAAGUUGUUGGAUCAGGUCAUCCCUCCAAUAGGCGAUGAUGAGGUCACUGUGGGAAAAUUCUACGCCACUUUCCUGCUCCAGGAUCAUUUCCGUAAGUUCCUGAAGCGCCAGGAAGAGUACUACGGAUACCGGCCUACCAAGAAGAACGCUUCUGGCCCCGAGAUCCAGGCGGGUCUGAGGAGUAUUGAGGAUGAGGUGACUGCAGAAAUGCACAGGGCUAUUUCUGGAGACCUGCAGAAUGACGAAGAAUUGGACAGAGCCAUGGAGGAGGCUGGAGAGGAGCAUAUUUACCAGCGCAGACACGGCUUGUUUGGGAAUCGGGUAGAAGCAUUCUCAACUGAGAACGCCAACGCUCAGCCGCCGCAUAUGACCAACCAGAGGCCCCUCAAGUUCUUGGAAAACCAGCCCGAGUCGUCACUGAUCUCCUCUGCCGUAGAGCCCAUCACAGACUUUCUACCGACAACGGCCCCCAAAAGCAACACGAACAACAACGCCUUUGCAGAAUUGUCAUUGAAAAGAGAAGGCAGUCCUGAAGAACUUGACAGUCCCAGUGAGGAUGCAGAGACGGACAACCUUCACUCCUGGGACUUCACAGUGAGAACAGACAGAACCCAGUUCCCAUACGAACCAAGGCUCAGUGACAGUCCGAAUUCUGCUGAUCAUGAAGUUAAGAAUGAGAUGGCCGACGACGUGCACACCACAAUAGAAGACUUGGAAGGCGCAGCCCGGGCUAUCCUCAAGAAGAACCGACGCAUCCCCAUGCCUCCCCGCACCUCUGUUGAGCCCCCCCAGAAAACAGAGCAGCCAGACCCUGUGAGGAGGAAGAGACGUCCUGUUCCCACAACUCCCUCCGCUCAUGGUCAGCACAGGACGGAGCCACAUGAGGCCGACUCGAACGUUUAGAGACAUACACACAUGGUCACAUGGUUGCCUGACUUUUUUAGGCAGGUGGCGCCAUCCUUAAAGGCAGGUUGGCCAAGACUUCAAAUAAAAUGUGGUUGAAACACAUUCUUAAACAACUAUUAGGUCUAAUUGAAACUGGAAGAUUAUUUUCUUCAUAGAAUUCCAAGUGGUCAUGAUCGGAAAUUCGGCUGUGUUCUGUGUCUUGUAUGAAAAUUAGAGAAAAGGCCUGCCAAAAGACAAAUCAAGUGUUUACAUGCUGCAUUCAUUUGCAGUUUUUAGUUUUUAAUGGUGGCCAGCCCAAAUGUCAAUGAUUCAAUCACUGGGGUGAGUGAAUCGGCAUCAGUACAAAUCACAUUUAUUUAUAGGAAUUCUGCUGUUUCAAACAUAAUAAUACUCUUGAUUGACAUUGUUAGAGAGGUAUUGAUUUAACAAUGGUAAUUAUUGUGGUUGUAAUUAACAGCAUUGUACUGAAAACUGAUCGCACGAGGAUGGAGCCAAUGUAUGGAACCUCCCUGUGAACAAUUACAGAAAUUAUAAACAUACAGUGUAACCUUCAACGUGGAACAUGAUCUUUCUGUGACACUGGUUGACUUCCAAGUUCUGAUUUCUAAACAUUUCUACACAACAGAUAAUGCAAGGUUAAGUCAUUCAUUGCAGCCUUAAACCAUCAUAAAAAUAUUUAUGAACCGUACGGGCGAUGUUUGACAAUAUUUUAACAUUCAUUCAAGUUAUAGUAGUAAAAGUACUCAAAAAGAUGGCUAAAUGUGCCAUUUAUUGGUAAUCUUCUGUGGUCAUUUUCAUGUUAGUCAUUAUGCAAUAUGCGUUCAGUUGGUAUCUGCUUGGUAAAAUACCUUUGUGAAUGUAGUUCAAGUGUUCAAACACAAAACCAGACCUCCAUUUUUGUGUGUGUGAAUUGAGUAUGUAUUUAAUGUUUGUUUUUUUCCCCUGGUUACAGGUUA